AGUGGAUAAGAAUGCAACGAGUGUUUCCUUAAACGACGAAGGGAAGUUUUGAAACGACACAUGCGAAGCACGGAGCUGUGUAUAGAGGCAGUGAUUCUUGAAUCGAACUCGAUCACAGAGAAAUUCAACCGUGAAAGGAGAGAGAAGGUGAUAUCUCUAGUAUCUCCUAUCAAACAUCAUCGUCAUCAUGUCGUGUUGUUUAUCUUGCUGCGCGUCUAUGACAGGCGGUCUCUGCACCUCUACGGCAUCAUGCAUCUCCCAAAAAUCUGCCAGAAUCGGUUACUGUGCUCUCUUCGGCGUCUCUCUCAUUGUUUCGUGGAUCCUAAGAGAAGUUGGAGCACCCCUUUUGGAGAAACUCCCCUGGAUAAAUACAUCCGAAACGGAUGCCCAAACAAAGGAGUUCUAUCAAAUACAAGCGGUUCUUCGUGUGAGCUUGGGAAAUUUCUUAUUCUUUGGCAUCCUAGCGCUUAUUAUGAUUGGUGUGAAGGACCAGAAUGAUAGGCGUGAUUCAUGGCACCAUGGUGGUUGGACUGCAAAAAUGGUGAUCUGGCUUUUGCUUGUGGUCCUUGCAUUCUUCCUUCCUGAUGUCGUAAUAUUAGUAUAUGGAUUCAUAUCAAAAUUUGGGGCUGGCUUGUUUUUAUUGAUUCAAGUGAUAAUUUUACUUGACUUUACUCACACUUGGAAUGAUGCAUGGGUUGAGAAAGAUGAACAGAAAUGGUACAUUGCUUUACUUGCUGUAUCGAUUGGAUGCUACAUCGCAGCAUUUACAGUGUCAGGAAUUCUUUUCAUUUGGUUCAACCCUUCUGGAUAUGAUUGUAGCCUCAACGUCUUCUUCCUUGUCAUGACCAUGAUUCUUGCUUUCUUGUUUGCGGUUAUUGCUUUACAUCCUAAGGUGAAUGGAAGCUUGUUGCCUGCAUCUGUGAUUUCCCUUUACUCUGCUUAUGUGUGCUACACGGGUCUUUCUAGUGAACCUCGUGGCUAUGAGUGCAAUGGUCUCAACAGGUCCACAGCUGUCAGUGCAAGUACACUCAUUCUUGGCAUGCUAACAACAGUGCUUUCAGUAUUGUAUUCUGCUCUUCGUGCUGGAUCUUCAACAACAUUCUUGUCACCACCAUCUUCACCGAAAUCAGGUGCGAGUAAACCUCUUCUUGAAGAAGUGGAAGAAGGAAACACAAAGAAGGAGGAAAAGGAAGCACAACCAGUUAGUUAUUCAUAUUCUUUCUUCCACCUAAUAUUUGCCUUGGCUAGCAUGUAUUCAGCUAUGCUUCUUUCUGGAUGGACCAGCACAUCUGAGAGCUCAGAUCUCAUAGAUGUUGGUUGGACAUCUGUAUGGGUUCGAAUUGGCACUGAGUGGGUCACUGCUGGAUUGUAUAUCUGGACUCUUGUGGCUCCUGUGCUGUUUCCUGAUCGUGAAUUUUAGUUCUCUCUUCUCCACUUCAUAGCAUUCUCAUUGGGUUUAUCCGUUUAUGGACACUAUGGUGUUGUAAGUAAUAAUCUUCCCUGCCUACAUAUGGAAUGCCGUAUGUUGCAAUUGCAGUAGAUGAUAUAUGUAUAGAUUUAGCUCUUCAUGUAAAUGUUAUGUUUUUUUUUUUUUAAAUAAACAAUGUAGAGUGUUUUAUAAUUUAUAUAUACUGUAGUAAAUAAUAAUACUAGAUGGCUAAAUAAAUUAAUAGUUUGCUGACCAUGGUUUUGCUGUU